AUGAAAAUAAUUGCAGACAACGUGAUUGUAGCGCCGCCCGUAGAAGAAAAUAUUAAGCGAAAUGACGAAGCGUUGGACGUCACGCCAACCAAGGGAAAGGAUGUCACUCUCCCUUUUUGGGACUCGUUCGUCAGGCUGGACCCGGGAGUCACUCCGGCAAUACCCGAACCUCCACGAGCGGGCAUCUUGAUGCGAAUCAUAAACGCCAUUAAUACAUAUAAAGUGGCACACAAUGGUCAACUUAUUAAGUUAGAAUCAAAUAUUCUUGGUGCACAAACCUUAAUCGUAACUGACGAUGAUGGAUCUCUUGAAUCUGCUGAUGAACAACCUACUGCUGCUGUCUUAGAAAAUGGUAAUGUCACUGGAAUUGUUAUGAGUAAAACCAACGACACAAACAUUACACAAUAUGAGCUCAGACCAAACAAUAAUGCUACUCAAUUUUUUGUUGUACAACCAAUUAAUGAUUUAUUUACAACUACAACAACUGUUAAAAGACCAAUUGUACCWCUUACUAGUGAAGUUUCCAGAAAACGAGUAGAUCGUACUGUUGUAACAAGGGAUGCUAAAAGACGAUUAACACAUAAUGAAGUAGAACGUCGAAGACGUGAUAAAAUAAAUCAAUGGAUAAUGUAUAUGAGCAAAAUUAUACCAGAUUGUGCAGAAGAAAACAAAACUAAUUAUGAUAACCAGAGCAAAGGAGGAAUUCUAGCUAAAGCAUGCGAUUAUAUUAAUGAAUUAAAAUCAACUAAUCAAAGAUUGAUGGAUUGUGUGAAACAAAUGGAGGCCGUUAAUAGGCAAAAUGAUGAAUUAAGAAUGGAAAAUGAAGAAUUGAGAGGAAUUUUAUCACAACAUGGAUUAUUAUCUGAAAGUUUUGUUUCUAGGGAUGGUGACUCGUCAUGAAAAUUAUUGGAAGUUGUAAAUUAGCUAAACUGAUUUGAAYUUAAUUUUUUUAAUUUUAUUUAAAACUUUUGUUAUACUGGAAAGACCAAUAUUC